ACCACCCACUGCAGCCCACCGUUACGCCCACAAACAACGCCGUCCUCCCCAGUCACCACCAGCCCCUUGGCAGUCACCAGCAGCCCCUGGCAGUCACCACCAGCCCCUGGCAGUCACCAGCAGCCCCUGGCAGUCACCACCAUGAGGACGAUAUCUUGUAUCAGCGGCGUGUCCUGCCUCCUAACCCUCUGCUCCAUCCUCCUCCUUAUUCUCCAGAAUGCCGCAGCCUCUCCUCUGUGUCCGGAACGGAACGAGAUCACACCUGAGGACCUAAACACGUGCAAGUACGGCGUGGUGCUGGGAUGGUGUGGCAACCCGGCUUGUGGCAAGGGCCCAGGAGAUCCAUGUGGAGGCCGCUGGGAGGAGAACGGCAUCUGUGGAGAGGGAAUGUACUGUGUGUGCGGGUACUGCGCUGGCUGUACUACAACUCUUGAGUGCGCAUUGGGCAGAUUCUGCUAGUUAUACAGCGCCCCGGAGCCCCUCCAGGGCGCAUUUGGCAAGCUCACCUGGCUCUUCGCGGACCGCUCACUGUAAGGCUUCCCACACCCCCUAUGGAAGCCUCUGGUACCACUUGCCAUUCCGAGAGCGACGUGAACCGAAGUGGGAAUUCUCUUCGGAACUGGCAAAUUCGUUUUUCUUCUGGUGUCCAACGAGCUGAAUGCGUCUAGCGCGCUCACCAACGGGUCCAAGUUCCCUCAUGACAGUGGCAGUUUCCCUACCAGACCACACCUACGUUUUUGCUUUUGGAUUUACUGUAUAUAUAAUUUGUUACCGUUUUGCUGUCGGCUGAGUGCAACUAGCGCGAUUUGUAGGCGGGUGAAGACGGGCAUUUGCUACGUAAGGAACUAAAAUAAAAAAUGCAAUAUAGUUCUUUUAUGUAUGUGACAAUGAUGCCCAGAUGGCGUCACCAACUUACUGCUUUGUGAUAACUCGUGCUCCUGACGGAGCCGCAAGCCUAGUGUAAGUUAACGGAUCUCCCGGCUGGACCCGGUCCUUGCGGAACCGGAUCCUUUUAACCGGCCAGUGAUACAUAUACCGUAUACGUAAACCCAUCCCUGAUAUGUCUCAAUAAGUAUUAUUUAACUAAUAAAUGAUACAAAUUUUGGUGAAUUUGUUUAUAGUAAGUUAAAAAAAUGUCUAUUGAGAGAGAGAAAGAGAGAGAGAGAGAGAGAGAGAGAGAGAGAGAGAAAUAUGAACCUAUUUAGAACAAAAUUCACAAUAAACUUCUUUGAGUA